UAAUCUGUGGGAUUUUUCCUUCACAGGACCCGUGGGGGCACAGCCCCUGCUCAUGGUGCCCAGACGUCCCGGCUAUGGCACCAUGGGCAAACCCAUUAAACUGCUGGCCAACUGCUUCCAAGUUGAAAUCCCAAAGAUUGAUGUCUACCUCUAUGAGGUGGAUAUCAAACCAGAUAAGUGUCCUCGGAGGGUGAACAGGGAUGUGGUGGACUCUAUGGUGCAGCAUUUUAAAGUGACAAUAUUUGGGGACCGUAGACCAGUUUAUGAUGGGAAAAGAAGCCUCUAUACAGCCAAUCCRCUUCCUGUGGCCACUACUGGGGUGGAUUUGGAUGUGACACUACCCGGAGAAGGUGGAAAAGAUCGUCCCUUCAAAGUGUCAAUAAAGUUUGUUUCUCGGGUGAGCUGGCACUUGCUGCAUGAAGUUUUGACAGGAAGAACCUUGCCUGAGCCUCUGGAACUAGACAAACCUAUCAGCACUAACCCUGUUCAUGCUGUCGAUGUGGUGCUACGACACCUCCCCUCCAUGAAGUACACCCCUGUGGGCCGCUCCUUCUUCUCAGCUCCAGAAGGCUAUGACCACCCCCUGGGAGGGGGCAGGGAGGUGUGGUUUGGGUUCCAUCAGUCAGUCCGGCCUGCCAUGUGGAAAAUGAUGCUCAACAUUGAUGUUUCUGCCACUGCCUUCUACAAAGCACAACCCGUAAUUCAGUUCAUGUGUGAAGUCCUUGACAUUCAUAAUAUUGAUGAACAACCAAGACCUCUGACUGAUUCUCAUCGGGUAAAAUUCACCAAAGAGAUAAAGGGUCUAAAGGUAGAAGUGACUCACUGUGGGACAAUGAGAAGGAAGUACCGUGUSUGUAAUGUAACGAGACGGCCUGCAAGUCAUCAAACCUUUCCUUUACAGCUAGAAAAUGGCCAGACUGUGGAGAGGACAGUAGCACAGUAUUUCAGGGAGAAAUACAACCUCCAGCUGAAAUACCCUCACCUUCCUUGUCUGCAAGUGGGACAGGAGCAAAAACACACCUACCUGCCUUUAGAAGUGUGUAACAUUGUGGCUGGCCAGAGGUGCAUCAAGAAGCUCACAGACAAUCAGACAUCGACCAUGAUAAAAGCGACAGCCAGRUCUGCCCCGGACAGGCAGGAGGAGAUCAGCAGAUUGGUGAGAAGUGCAAAUUAUGAUGCAGAUCCAUUUGUCCAAGAGUUCCAGUUCAAAGUGCGGGAUGAGAUGGCUCACGUGACGGGGCGUGUGCUCCCAGCCCCGAUGCUGCAGUAUGGAGGACGGAAUCGAACSGUGGCAACACCGAGCCACGGCGUGUGGGACAUGCGAGGGAAGCAAUUCCACACUGGGGUGGAGAUCAAGAUGUGGGCCAUAGCUUGCUUUGCAACACAGAGACAGUGCAGAGAAGAAAUUCUGAAGGGUUUCACAGACCAGCUGCGCAAGAUCUCCAAGGAYGCCGGGAUGCCGAUCCAGGGCCAGCCCUGCUUCUGCAAAUAUGCCCAGGGUGCAGACAGCGUGGAGCCCAUGUUCCGACACCUCAAGAACACCUAUUCAGGGCUUCAGCUCAUCAUUGUCAUCCUGCCAGGGAAGACACCUGUGUAUGCGGAGGUGAAGCGCGUGGGAGAUACACUGUUGGGAAUGGCCACACAGUGUGUUCAGGUCAAGAACGUCAUUAAAACAUCUCCACAGACCCUCUCAAAUCUGUGCCUGAAGAUUAACGUUAAACUAGGAGGAAUCAACAACAUCCUUGUACCUCAUCAACGACCUUCUGUGUUCCAGCAGCCAGUGAUCUUUUUGGGAGCUGAUGUCACUCACCCUCCAGCUGGAGAUGGAAAGAAGCCUUCCAUUGCUGCUGUUGUAGGCAGCAUGGAUGCUCAUCCCAGCCGGUACUGUGCCACGGUGAGGGUCCAGCGGCCCCGGCAGGAGAUCAUCCAGGACCUGGCCUCCAUGGUCAGGGAGCUGCUCAUCCAGUUCUACAAAUCAACACGGUUCAAGCCCACCCGUAUCAUCUUCUACAGGGAUGGCGUCUCUGAGGGACAGUUCCGACAGGUUUUGUAUUAUGAACUGCUGGCCAUUAGAGAAGCCUGCAUCAGUUUGGAGAAGGAUUACCAGCCUGGAAUAACCUACAUUGUGGUGCAGAAGAGACAUCAUACGCGGCUGUUCUGUGCUGACAGAACAGAAAGGGUUGGACGAAGUGGCAAUAUUCCAGCUGGGACAACUGUAGAUACAGACAUUACACACCCCUACGAGUUUGAUUUUUACCUCUGUAGCCAUGCUGGAAUACAGGGAACCAGCCGUCCCUCCCACUACCACGUCCUGUGGGAUGACAACUGUUUCACAGCAGAUGAGCUGCAGCURCUGACGUACCAGCUGUGCCACACGUACGUGCGCUGCACCCGCUCCGUCUCCAUCCCCGCGCCCGCCUACUACGCUCACCUGGUGGCAUUCAGAGCACGCUACCACCUCGUGGACAAAGAACACGACAGGUAA